GCACUAAGCACAGAGCAAAUUAACUCAUUCCCACAAAAGACAUAAAAUCAAUCAGGAAGAGAUGACAGGCUCUGGCUCUCCUUGUGGUGCUUGCAAAUUCUUGAGGAGGAAGUGUGUGAGGGGUUGUGUUUUUGCUCCUUACUUCUGCCAUGAACAAGGAGCUUCCCAUUUUGCAGCCAUUCACAAGGUUUUUGGUGCUAGCAAUGUCUCCAAACUCCUUGCUCAACUCCCGGUGAGCGAACGCUGCGAGGCCGCCGUUACAAUCUCGUACGAAGCUCAAGCCAGGCUUCAAGACCCCAUUUAUGGAUGUGUCUCCCAUAUUUUUGCUCUCCAACAACAGGUUGUGAAUCUACAAGCACAACUAGCUUCUCUCAAGGAACAAGCAGCCAGGAGCUUUACCAAUUGCUCCACCAAUGCAAACUCUAGUGAAAGAUUUUGUGGGAAGUUUCCUUCUUACCCACAAGAUGUUCAAAGCUGGUUUCAAUCACAAAAUCCCGACAUGAUCCCCCAAUUGGAUCCCAAUACAGCUAGUAAUUUCGGGAACAAUGUCCCGUUUUACGAAAACGGGAUUGCGAAUCAGAACCCCAUGGGGAAUUAUGAGAACCAAAUGAAAGUAGAAGAAAAUGUGUCAUUUUCCAGCUUUGAAGAGGGUUCUUCCCAUCACUCCAUGGAUUCCCUUGAUGUGCAAGCAAACUAUAGGCAAUGGCCGCUACAAGACGACGACGAGCUUCAGUCGAUCGCGUUCGGGUAUGUUCAGCAAUGGUCAUGUGCAAAAUGAGGCUAGAAAUCCAGAGAAAAAGGAAAAUGGCAUGGGUGAAGAUGAUCUGCUCUGUCAAUUUUGGAAUGUUAUGCACUUUUGGCUGCCAUAAAUAAACUAUAUAAGCCCUAGAAAAUGUCUAUAGAAUCAAAGAAACCCUAGCUAGCUAUUUAAAAUCUACCCUAUUACUAUGAUUGUUUUUCUUAGAUCUUGUGUAAUCUGGGAUCUGGUGUCAGAUUCUCUGACAUAUUAGGUUUUGCUUCAAGAUAAUGCCUUUGUUUA